AUGGAUAAACUGAUCAAGGAGACUAAGGCUAACCAUCCCGAUGUCAAUAUGAUAUACUCGUCGCCUAAUUGUUAUAUUAAAGCGCUUAAUGGGAUGAACAUGUCGUAUGCGGAACGGGAUGUCGACUACUUGUCGUAUUGGGUGGGCUACUACACGAAUAGGCCGGCGUUGAAGUAUCAGGAUAGACUGACUAAUAAUAUUUUGCAGGCGAGCAAGCAACUAUCAGUAAUAGGGCGUUUAGACCCGGCUAAAACAAAAGCAUACCUGGACGAGGCAGCCAAUGAGGUGGCUAUAUUGACACACCACGACGCCAUCACCGGCACCUGCUCUCAGGGGGUAUGCGAUGGAUACACGGGUCGACUCCAGUCGGGAUACGCCGCCAGUAAAGCCGUUAUCCGAAAGGCUUUCGAGUACUUGAAGUCGAAAACUGGGGACAAAAAAGUG